GUGUACACUGGGCACAACCAGUGCCGGUCGCACCUUCAACACGAACGGCUCUCGCCCUUCGCUCAUCUUCGCUCAUCAUUUUUUUCGAAAAAUUUGUUUGAAUUCAAUUUUUCACACCCGUUCAUUUUCAACCUGGAAAAAACAAGUGACGAAAUGAAGGUCUGAAAGAAACAACAAACAACAACACACCCAGAAAAGAAGAAGCAGUUUUUGUCCUGAUUUGCGGUUCAGUGAACUUAUUUAUUAUCCACCAGCACCUUCUUAAAUAAACAACAGCCCCAACCAAUCACAUCACACACAACACCCAUUUUCUGUUUUUGGUCUGAUCGCCUUCGUUUACCGCGUGGAUCUUCAUCAAUCUUACAUAAUUGAGGUGAUGGACGAACAGGAGAGUUCGACAACGGUGGUGACGUCAUCGAGCAGCAGCAGCAGCACGAGCUAUUCGUCGUCGUCUUCGACAACGCUGGUUCAGCAGACGCUGAUGACGAUAACGGACGACGGGGAGUUGGCCGUUGACGAGGCAAUCUCGGACGUGAUCUGCCGUGAGGCCGUCAUCAGCAGCUCGACGACGACCUCUUCCUCUUCUACGACGGCCGCUACUACAUCGUCCUCCUCGAAAUUGGUCGUGGAAGACGGGAUGACGUCAGCAGUGCGGAUGGAAGAGGAGACGACGGUGGUAUCUUCAUCAUCUGGCCUCAGCGUCUCGCAGCAUCACGGAGAGGCAACAGUAACAACAACACAAGAGGCUUUGAACUCACCUUCGGCGCUGCUUGACGAGGAGGAGCAACUGUUGGCUCAAGAACUGCUCCUGGAAGCUGCCGAGGAGUCGUUUUCGUGCGGAGCGGCUUUCACGACGGAAGCGGAACCGCCAUCUAUCGAGAUGGCGGAGGACUUGAAAGAGCCCGGAAACGAUGACGGCGGUGACAGCGGCGGCACCGAAAUAAACACGAGCGCUGUCGACGUCGUCCAGCAGGAGCUGGAGCAGGAGAUCCUGGAACGUGAAGCAGCGACUCACGAGGUUGGAGAGGAGGAUUCCAGCAUCCGACAAGAGCCACGGCUGUCGACGCUGGUGGAAGAAGCAGUCGCUUCCGGCUCUGAAUGCCGUCCAGUUGAGAAUUCGGAUUUGUCCGUCCCGUUGUCGUCCUCUCUGUCGUCCAGCCACAGCAACCGAGAGAUCCAGCAGGAGAACAUCAAACACGCCCUUCACGAAAUCAUUUCGGAGAUUGAUCGCGAGAUGGAAGCCGAUUUGAGCAACGAAGAGGUGGAGGAGACGGGAGAGGUGAUAAGGGACGAGUCGAUCCUGUUGAUCAACAGCGCCCAGGCGGCUCAGCGGAAACGUUCACCGCCGCCCGUCCAACCGAAAAAAGCGCGCCCCGUUUCAGUUCCAGCCAAUUUUCUUCAAGAGGGGAGUGCUGAAGGCAUCAGCCCGGAAAUGGGCAAACCCAUCGAUUUGCAAAAGAUUUUCACGCCUGCCUCGGAUUACCCAUCGGGCGACAUCACUCCGCGCAGACAACGUCGGAUGUACACCUCGUCGAGCUUCUACUCGUCUUCCCACCCCUCGAUGGAGGAGCAGGUGGAGUUGGCUCGUCAAAUCUCCCACUCGCUCAGCUCCGACACCAACAGCACGUCAAAGGGCCAGUCCAUGUACGUCAAGCGACGCAACCGCUCCUCGAAAUGGAUUCACGAAGCCCACCUCAUGACUGGAGAUGACCAGCAUCUCAACGGAGAUCAAUCGAAUAAUGGCAACACCCACCAUGGCGAUGAUGACGGUCGAAUGACUUUCAAGAUACCCAACAUGGGAGGGCAGGAGAUCCAAUUUAGAGCCAAAUCGCCGCUCAAGUUGCUGAUGAAUCCCAAGGGCCAAAUUUGGGAUUUGAAAUCGCUGCGCAACACCGGCAUGCACAUCGAAGCCCCUCAGCUGAGCCCAGAAAUCUGCUCGAGCCUCGUCAAGGAUUUGCAGUCGCCAAAAGGAAAAGGUGCUGCACUCUUUGCCAAGCGCAAGCAGAAGUCGGAAAAGUGGAUCGUCGACGAGAACACGGUCAAGCUAAAAGCGGCCAACGCGGCGGCAGUGGCCGCAGCGGCCGUCGCCUCCGAAGUCAACAAUGCCGCCGCCGCCGGAGCUCCAGCCGUGAUGAACAGCCAGCAAUCCCGUGUGGAACAGACCCAGAAAAUGGCUUCCGUUCAGGAUGCUUUCGGCGGACCUCGUCUUAAGUUGGUGAAAUCGCCCUGGGAAGCCGCCCUGGAAGACGGAACGGUGAACACGGCCUUCCAGGAGCUCUGGCCCAAUCGUCUGCCCGGAGCGGCCAACCCAAGUGGAACGCUGGAGAGAAACAAGGAGCCAUUAGGACCGGUGGUGCCUACGACGCUGUCGGCCGCCGCUCCGGUCCAGCCCAAGCUAAACAUGAAGCCUCUGGAUAGUGUGCCCAAGAUGUUGCCCAACUUCAAAGCCCAGCCGCAGCAGACAUUGACGGCUGCGGAAUCUGAAGCGGCGGCACCCGCCGAAGAGAAACCUUUUGUGCCCACGCCCCUGCGACCUGACAACGUCAAUCCCUACAAGCCCAAAGCCGCCAAGGGGUGGGGCAACACACCAGUCGACGCUUUGUCCGCCGUUGAGCGCCCUACGCCGAGGACUAAUCUCGUACUGGAACCCGUCCAAACGAAACAGCGGCCCGUAACGAUGCCACCGUCCGUGUCAGUGACGGCUGGCGACGAAGAUAGCGCUGCUCUCGGCUUGAUUGAUCAAACCAAAGACAACUCGGCCCAGGAGGUGGCGGCCGGAGAGGAGAUCAAGCCCAAUCCUUUCCCGUUCGAACUGCCCGUCUUGCGCAGUGUUUCUGCCAGUCAGUUGCCACCGCCGAUGGUCCGCCAGGAACCCGAACUGAUCCUGCCAACACUUCGGCCCGUUCCGGAGAAAUCUGCCGAACCCUCCGACAGUGUCGCUGGCGACGUCAGCCCGGCAGUCCAGUGGGAACUGCCGCCCCUCGACUCCCGACCCAAUUUACAGGCUUUGCUGGAGCGCGAGAAGCGGGCCGCCGAAGCCGCCGUCAACAAUGAAGCCCUGAAGCAGCGCCAAGAGGAGCUGCAAAGGAAACAACAACAAGAGGAGUUGCAGAGAAAACAACAACAAGAGGAGCAGCUCAGGAAACUACAACAAGAGGAGCAGUUACGAAAACAACAACAACUUGAACAGCAACGAAAGCAGCAAGAAGAGGCCCAACAGAAAGUUAUGAAGCAACUCGAGCAACAACAACAUCAGCAACAAUUUCAACAUAUUCAAAUGCAAACGCGCCAACAACAACAACAACAACAACUGCAGUUUAACCAACAACAAGUCACGGUGACCGAAGAGAUGCGAAUGGCUCAAGAAGCUCAACUGGCCAAAUUGAGUGUCCGUCUCAAGGUCCAGCGCUUCGAAUCAAGUGGACCUGCGCCCAUCUACAUCGGCCAGGUCUCCGUUUCGCAGAGCGGAUCUCCGCGACAGUCCGGACUGCAGACGCCAACCCAACAUAUAGCUUUAACCGGAAGGAACAAACCAACUCAAGUGUUCGCAUCCGCACCUCCGGUGACGCCGGCGGUAGCCAAACCGUCGGACGUUCGAUUGGUUUCCAACACGAAGGAAAACUCCGCACCCGUUCCUCUUCCGGCUAAAUCUAUGGUUACGCCCCGAAUGAUGGAACAGACUUAUCAUAACGAAUCCACGCCUUUACUACCCAAGACCACGGUGACUGCCAGUCAUAUUCAGCCGCCAAUGGUCAUUCAGCAGCAGCCGGCUCCUCAAGUCCUCGAUCCUUUCGCAGGCGUACAGCUCCGACAGCCAGCAAUCAGUAAGACGUUGAUCAAUUCGAAUGAUUUGGAUUCAUCACUAAACCGCCGUUCCUUGGCCGAUUACACUAAUUACAACACGGCGCCGCGCGGCUGGACGUCAGCGGCCCAGGAAAUCUACAGGCCCGUCACUUUCAAAAUGGCCUGAACGAAAUGUCGAAAUGACUUCACUUGUUCUUCUCUAUCUGAAAUGUAAAAAAAAAAUAAUAACAAUAAUAAUUAUAAGUAUUUAAAUUGAACAAUAAUUUCGUCUCUAUACUAACCUAAACUAUAUAAUUGAACAGACACGGCAUAGGGUUGAGUUCAUGGUUGUGUUGCUUGUCCCAUACUUGCUGGAUCCUCUGGCGUUUCAUAACAUAAGAGACUAUGUGUCCUUCUUUCAUUUCAGUAUCCACCUACACUGGAACACUGCUGCGCUCUGAAUGAAAUCAUUUCAGUUUCAACAAUGUCCCCGAGUAGCGUGAAUUGACAUUUGGUAAACCAUAUGUGCAUGUCUACCAUCCUUCUCCGUUUGCUAAACCCCAACCUAUUCCGUCAAGACACCAGAAAAUGUUAAAACAAGGCAAAGGAACUGUCACAACUAAAGAACGACGGCAGUAUAUUAUCGACAUAAACAAAAACGCCCAUUACUUAUUUAUUUCAAAAGGUGAACAAAUAUACGAUAGAAACAAAGUAACUCCCAAGUUUGAAAAACCCCUGCAUGGGCUUAUGAUGCUGCUUUGAAUUUCUCUGGUAUCCCUUUAUUCACAACAUAUGCUAUCUCUCGGGGGUCGUGGCAGUGGGUCUGGGGUUCACUGUCCAUCAUUUUCAAUUGAAUUUAUUCUUCACGUGAUGAUGUAAUACAUGUGUGUAGAAAUAGGUAAA